AGCCGCCGCCGUCUCCGCCGUCGCUUCGGCAGCCGCCGCGGUGGUCGCCUCGGGCCGCGCCGCUCGCUCUCUGGCCGUCACCUCCCCUCCCGACAUCUCGUCCCAAGGAGGUUGAAGCUGAAGCGAGGCCGGCGGCAGGGGACAGCACGGCCCCGCAGUGCGGGCGGCGGCAGUGACAGCCCGGCCCGCCGCCCGCCCUAGCUCUCGGCGCCCGCAGCCACGAUGAACCGGGGAGGCAGCAGCCCGUCGGCCGCUACCAACUACCUGCUCUGCACCAACUGCCGGAAAGUGCUGCGGAAGGAUAAAAGAAUCAGAGUAUCUCAACCAUUGACACGAGGACCAAGUGCCUUUAUUCCCGAAAAGGAAGUUGUCCAAGCAAAUACAGUAGAUGAACGUACUAACUUUCUUGUGGAAGAAUACUCUACAUCCGGUCGUCUGGACAACAUCACACAGGUCAUGAGUUUACACACUCAGUACCUAGAGUCUUUCUUGAGGAGCCAGUUUUACAUGUUGCGCAUGGAUGGCCCCCUUCCUCUACCAUACAGGCACUAUAUCGCAAUCAUGGCUGCAGCUAGGCAUCAGUGUUCUUACUUAAUAAACAUGCAUGUGGAUGAAUUUUUAAAGACCGGAGGUAUGGCUGAGUGGUUGAAUGGUUUGGAAUAUGUACCACAAAGACUGAAAAACCUUAAUGAAAUAAAUAAGCUGCUAGCACACCGGCCCUGGCUGAUCACAAAAGAGCACAUUCAGAAGCUUGUCAAAACUGGGGAAAAUAAUUGGUCUCUGCCAGAACUGGUACACGCUGUGGUCCUACUGACGCAUUAUCAUGCUUUGGCAAGCUUUGUUUUUGGUAGUGGCAUCAAUCCAGAGAGAGACCCAGAAAUCGCCAAUGGAUUCAGACUAAUAUCAGUCAGUAAUUUCUGCGUGUGUGAUCUUGCCAAUGACAACAACAUAGAAAAUGCGUCCCUUACAAGCAACAACUUUGGGAUUGUGGAUUCACUAAGUGAGCUCGAGGCCUUAAUGGUCAGGAUGAAAAGGCUUCACGAAGAAAGGGAAGAUGAAGAGGCAUCUCAGGAAGAAAUGAGCACUCGUUUUGAGAAGGAAACAAAAGAAAGUCUGUUUGUGGUUCCUGGAGAUACUCUCCAUUCAUUUCCUCAGUCAGAUUUUGAAGACGACAUGAUUGUAACAUCUGAUGUCUCCCGAUAUAUUGAAGACCCUGGCUUUGGAUAUGAAGACUUUGCCAGAAGAGGGGAAGAGCAUUUGCCAACGUUCCGAGCUCAGGACUAUACUUGGGAAAACCAUGGGUUCUCCCUGGUGAACAGGCUUUAUUCUGACAUUGGACAUCUUCUUGAUGAAAAGUUUCGGAUGGUCUACAGUCUCACCUAUAACACUAUGGCCACCCACGAGGAUGUUGACACCACCAUGCUCCGCAGAGCUUUAUUUAACUAUGUUCACUGUAUGUUUGGAAUCAGGUAUGAUGACUAUGAUUAUGGAGAAGUUAAUCAAUUACUUGAACGAAGCCUGAAGGUUUACAUUAAGACAGUGACCUGCUAUCCUGAGAGAACAACAAAGCGCAUGUAUGAUAGUUACUGGCGUCAGUUCAAACACUCAGAAAAGGUCCACGUAAAUUUACUUUUAAUGGAAGCACGGAUGCAAGCUGAACUUCUUUAUGCUCUUCGUGCCAUCACUCGGCAUUUAACCUGAAGCAUCGCCCAGGGAAAGUGUCGUAUACUUUACAGAUCUUCUCACAUAAGAUAUACAUCAGAAGCUGUUUGUGAUGUAGCAUCAAAAAUUAUCCAAUUCUCUAGUGUCAAAGUUUAGCCGGUUUUUUUAACGGCCGUAAUGUGCAAUGAUGUGUUUUAUUUUUCUUGAUGCUUAACAUUACUAACAACUGCAAAAAUAAUACUGAGGAGCACUACUUUGCAUUGUUUAUAGUUGGAUUUUUGGAUACUGACCAUAAAUCAUGAACCUGG